GCUAGUGGCCACAGUGUUUACAAGCUCUCAGCAAGAUACCCAUUAUAGCCCACUUUGCAUAUCUUUCCCCCACUAGAACAUGUCCAGUAUCCUAUUGUGAUAAAAGAUGUGGCAAUGCAGGAAGUGCGGGAAGCCCGUGUAUUUCGCGGAGCGUAAACAGUCAUUGGGGUUUGACUGGCAUCCCAAGUGUCUCCGAUGUGAGGAAUGUGGUAAAAGACUAAAUCCAGGCCAGCAUGCAGAGCACAAAGGUGUGCCAUACUGCCACCACCCCUGUUAUGGAGCCCUCUUUGGGCCUCAGCUCUUUGGCCACGGGACACGCAAUGAGUGCCACACCUCCUUUGGGAAAGUGGAAAAUAGAGAUGGACAAGUUAAAAGGUCACACUUGGAGGCUAAACUGAAGGCAUAUAAUCAGUAUUAUGAGGGGAAGCCGGGGGAGCUGAAGAGCAGGGAGGCAAAUGGCCGUGUGAUUUUGGAGGGUGUGCUGAAAAUCUAUUGGGGUGUGCGUAAUGUCAUUCACCUGAAAGAGGAGGAUGAUCAGCGCACCAUUGCCGUAAGGAGACGCUCGGGUGUGAACUCUGAGGCAUUCUAUCCUGAUAGUGAUGAUGAGGACUCAUUUUUGUGGCGUGAUGAUUCGCCCAACGGCUGGCGAACACAGUCUCCAGGGACGCCAGUCAUCUCAAAGGGUACCACCUUUGCGAGGUCUAACUCAGACCGUUCUUCCUCUGGAAUGGACAACAGUGGCUCUUCCUCACCAGUGAUCUUGAACACUUGUUCUCCUGAGGAUGAGGGUGUGGGUAAUUUGAAGGGAACAGGGCAUGCAGAAGGACAGGACAGUGCAGCAGGUUGUGCUGUUGUGAGUGAGAAUAAUGCAAAAGAUGCAGAGGGAAAGCCUAGUAAAAGUCCAAGCAGUGAGGAUGUAAAAGGUGCCAAAAAUUCCCAAGUGACAUCAACACCUGUAGGUAAGGAAGCUGUUUCAGAGCCAGACAGUAGUAUCGAAGUGCCAUCUCCACGGAAUGGACUGACUCCAAACAAAGAGGCUAGUGAUUCUCCAGUGCCUGAGGGAAAAGAUGUGGCUGAUUUAAAUGCAAGCAGUGACACUCAAACCCCUACAAAGAAGACACCUGUCAAGACAGGAAGCACGGCCAUAAGGAGAAGGCCUGGGAGGCGAAUGGACAAAACCAAACUCAAGCGGCGAUGCUCCAUCAAUGGCCACUUCUACCUGCGUGAGACGAGCUCCUUCACACCCCCACAUGGCUCCCCCUGCAGUGUGUGGGUGACGUCCCUCAUUACCACGGAGGAAGUGCUCAAUAUGCUUCUCGAGAAGUACAGGGUGGAGAUGUCAUCUCGUAACUUUGCUCUCUUCGUGAUCAAGGACAAUGGAGAGAGGCGUCGUAUUAGAGAUGACGAAUACCCACUUAUCACAAGAGUCAUGCUUGGCCCACAUGAAGAAGUGGCUCGAUUCUUCAUAGUGGAUGCCCAUCAGACGGAUGAGAUUUCCCCUCAGGUGGCCCAGUUCCUCAACCUGAGUCUGGCUGAGUGUCGGGCCAUCUUGCUCCAGUACGAGCAGGAGGAGAUGAGAAACAUCAUCGCUGUUCGUCAGAAGUAUGAGAGUAUGGCUUUCUACAUCCAGAGAAGAAUGAAGGAGCUACGUGGUGUGUGAUGCGUAGGUGACAUAUCUAAACCAAAAGCCAGGAGACCUUCAGAGAAAUUUCUUGGCUUGCAAAGUGCCCUUGCUAUGUGAUGAAUAUAUGUAUAUGUAUAUAUAUAUAUAUAUAUAUAUAUCUCAGAACACUUUGUGAUUGUUGAAUUCUGGUAAUGAUUUAGCAGUGAAGUUUUUAAGUUACAAGAGUUCUUGGAUUUGUUUUUAUACCAUUAUUAUUGUUUUAUUAUACUACCAUUGAAGUUUACCUGAGUAAACGAAUCUCAUACAUCUGUAUUUAUCACAGGUGUUUUUUUAAUUUUAAUUAUUAUUAAUCCAUAUACUGAUUUUUAAUGAAAAGAUGCAUCUGGCUCUAAUGUUAUAUGUUAGGACAUAUGUACUCUGCUGGUGUAUAAUCCAAUUUGCAAACCCAGCUUUUCACCUUUGUCCAUGUGUUGGAAGUCCUAUUGUUGCAUCAUGAGUUAAGUUUAAAAGGUAAGUCACAACACACAGUUCUCUGGUCAUGCAGCCGGAGAGAAAGGCCAUAUCUGUAUCCCCUGUUGUGGGUCACAAAUACUAAAUGCUCUCUUUAAUUUUUAUAAUCUUAAGUUAAGGAAUUUGGUGGUUUUAAAUAUUCUAACCAAUAGACUCUUUUUCAUGUAUUUAUUUGUAUUUAUUGAUAAGUGUAUUUUAUGUUGGUAUUUUAGUUUUAUUUCAUGAAUUUAUUAUUUUUUCAUGCAAUUUAAAAGAGGUCAUCUUUGUUUUUUAUUUUUAUUUCCAGUCAUCCUUUAUUUAUUCGUUGUCAUAAAUAGCAAGUUAAUGUUGAAUCCUUUCUGAAGGAUAUGGCUGUAUUACUUAGCUAGAUUUUAUUUAUUUAUGGAAGUGUAUGUAAACUUGCAGACAUGACCCAGUGUCUAGUAAAUUCUGGACUGUCAAGUUUAUAUACAUAGGUGUUUGACAGUAUUAACCUUCAUCAUCUUUUUUCUUCAGUAGCCUUUGUUUUAGAUGAUCAAGUGCAGUGGCAGAAUAUUUGAGUUUGUGUUAAGGUUGCAAUCUUGAUGGAUAUUUGACAUGCCUUGCAGGUAUGGUUUGUGGGUAGGGGAAAACCUCACACAUUUGUUUGUUAUUGGGAAUCCAAAAGGAGCCUGUGGUUGGCUGUGCUAAGGAUAGAAAGAAUUGUAGAAAGGUUCCAUAGGUUUCAAUUUUGGAGUGAAUAGGGGAUGAUAUUAUGCUUUGAUUCCAAAAAAGAUGGUAGAUGGAAUUGAUCAGCCUCAUCUCUGAGGCAAGAUAGAUCAUUUAAUGGAAGGUUAGGGUUGACCUUAGAUUGAGGAAAGAUGCCUGUGCCUUGAUACUAUGAAAGAAGCUUUAACUGCUCAGUGAGUUGGAGUUGGAGUUUAGAUCAUGUGUAAGUUUUCCCUUACACUUUAUGCAUAUUUUCUUUUCUCUCACUCUGUCUCAUUUUUCUUCUUUCUGGCUUCCUUCCAUAAUGUCAACUCCCCUCAUUGCUCAUCAUAUGUCCUUUAUAGGAUUUCUGUUGAAAGGGAUUGAAUGUAGAGAAUAGAGAGAUUUUUCAGUCUCAAUACAGGGACAAAUUUGUAAGUGUUAUUAGAUUAUUGUUUUUUUAUGGUAAUAUGAUAGGGAUAUUCCUGAGUCAUAUUUUCUUGUGGGAAAUGUUGAAAAAGAGGUAUGAAUGAGGUGAAUGACUUAACAGGGGAAGAUGUGUAGGUAUUCAUUAACAUCCAAAGCUUUCUCUGGUUCAUCUCUUACCUUUCAAUAGUGAACGUAUCUAUAAAUACAAGUCUCACAUAUCUAACUGUGAACAGUUACAUAGAUUGUUAUCAUGUAGAUUGUAUAUUCUUGAAAAAAUGGCUUUCUUUGGCUAUACACUAAAGGGAAGUGUAAGGUUUACUUGACUGUGAUAGGCAAAAAAGCUAUAUGAUAAUUAUAUUGUCACAUCGUUCCUUGUGACUCAUAAAUUAUGUAUACACACUUCAUUUUGUGUUGCCUAAAUAUUAAUUGCAUGUGAAGAUUCAAGGAAUGACUUAUGAUCUAAUUAUAUAUCAAUAAUAGGGGCCUUAGUAUCCCUUGUUGUGCAGGGUGUUGAGAAGUUAACAUCGGUUUAAAUUCCAGUAAGGUUUAUUACUCAUUGUGCGUAAAAGUCCUUGUCGUGAAAAAGAAAGGAGAAGAUACUCUUCAUAUAUUCCAGAGGGCAUAAUAUGUACCAAAAAUUUGUAAAGCUAAUAUUCAGCAUCAUUUGCAAUUCUGCAAAUUGUGUAUUUAUGAAAAGUUAAUCUUACUUUUAACACUAGUAGCUGUCUUUCUCGCUUUUCAUAAAAUAUCAUGUAGAAAUUCAUUUCUGCUUUUGCGUCAUUGCCUCCAUUGACAUAGGCAACAUAUGCUGAGGAUGGAUUUACAUGUACCUGUUAUAAGGUAUAAUACUCCCACAAGUAGAUCUGAGCUAAAAGAUGUGUUCUGCAGAUCUUCUCUGUGUGCAGGAAUACAUAAUUUGGCCUUCACAGAUUGUUGAAAUAAUGCUUUUGUUUUGUGGAGGAUCUGUAUUUUAGUGCAGUGCCUUGAGCUUAUGCCUGUCAGAGAUUACCAUAUUUAAGAGGAAUGGGAUUGAAUGGUUGCUCACGGUUUACUCAUAUGAUAGUGGAGAUGUGUGUCUUGCAUUACUAGUUUUUUGUGUGUUCUGGAAAUGAAUUUUAGUUUUUUAACAGAUUUCUUUGCUGAUAGAGAAAGAAGGGAGAAUGUUAUUUACCCCUUGCUGCCAGUAACUGGUAUACAUAUGGUGAUUUUGAUAGCAUCAUGGGGAUAUUCCCUGGCUACUAGGUGUAGAUGUAUAACCCCUUGGUGAUGGGUGUAGAAAACAAAAAAAAAAAUUUAUGCUCUGGCGAUCAAUGGCAACGCGCCGACUUUGAGCGCGGGAGUUCAGUACAUCAAGCCGAAUCACCGCCUCGGAGCGCUUUGGCGCGCCACUGCAAUGUACAGCCGCACGCCACAUUUCGAGUGGUUUGUUAUGACAUCCAGAGACAUGACCCGUCGGGAAGGGGAUAAAGGUUAGCUGGUGUCAAAGAAUUUAUGAAUGAUGUAUAUGGAAAAAAAAAAGAAAAAUUACAGUGCACCUACAUCAAUAUUUUGUUGUUAAUUCAUAUUACAUUACUUUCUCUAAUAAGAAUCUGGAUAUGUUAACAUAAGCAAUUUUUUUUUAAAGAGAGCUUCUGCCUUAAAAUCAGAAAAGGUGUUCCAGAAAAAAUUCUUCAGUCUACACUUCCUUUGUGUGAUAUUACAAGUGAGUCCACGUCUUCCAGGUCACUUUUCUUUCCACCAGAGUGUUCAGUAGUGAAACUGAAAGUAGACGUCCCACCAACUUCCCCCUUACUCGUGCUUUUACUUUCUUUUAGGGAGAAAACAUUUGAAAAGAAGUUAAGACUCCUCUGAGGAUUCCUUAGAUGACUUGCAAUAGAUUUUUUCUUCAACAUUGCAGACAUAAUAUUUGUCACUCCACAGAACAUAUAAUGUAUACUUCUGAGCUUUUUGUCACUCCACAGAACAUAUAAUGUAUCAUUUUGAGCCCUGAAGCUGGAGAACACUUUAGAGGUGUUUGGUGUUUGAAUUACCAUAGAGUAACAUAGCAGAGCUGAGGUUAUCUCAUUUCCCAAUAAGAGAUAAUGUAGUUAGUAGCUGUACAACACACUAUCUGCCAUAGUUUCGGGCAUUUACCUGCACAUAUAGAACUUUACAUUGGUUAAGGAAGCAAUGUUUAACUAUUGCAAGGUCUCAAGUGCUUGUGUUUCAACGUGUGUAAACAGUAGUGUAAACAGUAACUGAUGAAUUAAUUUUUGUUUUUUUGGCUGUACAUUUUGGGGAAUGCAAAAUCUGGUUUAGUGAUUAGUUUUGUUCUAAUAUUUUGUUUUGAUACAUAGGGAAGUGGUGGCAUUUUUUAAUGUAAUUGUUGGAACUAGGUUCUUUUAAUUAACAAUACUGAUGGGUAAAAGUAAAAGACUGUGCGUGUGCGUGUGCGUGUGCGUGUGCGCGCGCGCGUGUUGGUCAAAAAUCUAAUAAUUGCUUAUGUCUGCUGUCUUGAGUGUUAUCUUGAGACAUGAAAAUUGCAGAAGCAAAAGGUUGGACACUUUUCUACUUUCCCUGAGGGGAGACAUAGGAGGUGAUGAUGUGUUUUAUGAUAUAAUAUUUUUUUGUUAUGAUUUUAACAUUGGAUUGGUUGGUGCUGCUUGUAUUACAUCAGCUGAUUUACUUCUGCCGUAUUUUUGGUGUCACAAAAGAGCUGUCACAAGAAAUGUUUAGUUACGGCUCAAAAGACAGUCAUAUCAGAAGCUGCAGAUGGAUUAUGAAAAGGAAUUAGACUGUUCAUGUCCCUCCCAAAACAAAUCCUGAUGUACAUAACU